AUUUUUUAUCAUCAAUCAUAAUAAUGAGGAUUGCUGUAGAAGGUUGUGCUCAUGGAGAACUGGAAAUCAUAUACGACACAAUUCUACAAUUGGAAAAAAUUGAUGGUAAAAAGAUAGAUUUAUUGAUUUGUUGUGGAGAUUUUCAAUCAACGAGAAAUUUAAACGAUCUGCAUUGCAUGGCCGUACCAGACAAGUACAAAGACAUGUGUACAUUUUACAAAUAUUAUUCUGGGGAAAAAAUUGCUCCAAUACUGACGAUAUUUAUAGGUGGUAAUCAUGAGGCUUCAAAUUACCUUCAAGAAUUACCUUAUGGGGGUUGGGUCGCUACUAACAUUUAUUACCUGGGAUACGCAGGCGUAAUAAAUGUAGCAGGAAUAAGGAUAGCUGGAAUUUCAGGAAUAUACAAAAGCCAUAAUUGGAUGCAGGGUCAUUAUGAAAAGCCUCCGUACACAGACAAAACUCUAAGAAGUGUUUAUCAUACCCGGAAUUUAGAAAUAUUUAGAAUAAAACAGAUUAGCAGCCAUAUCGAUAUAUUUUUAUCCCAUGAUUGGCCCAGUGGAAUAACAAAAUAUGGCAAUGAAGCGGUAUUGCUAAGAAAGAAGCCGUAUUUUAGAGAAGAUAUUGCAAAUGACGCACUAGGAAGUCAACCGUUCAUGGACUUGCUGCAGCACCAUUAUCCGUCUUAUUGGUUUGCUGCUCAUCUACAUUGUAAAUUUGCUGCCAUAGUUCCUGAAGAAAAUGGCAAAAGAGUUACAAAAUUUUUGGCACUCGACAAGUGUUUACCAAAACGAAAGUUUCUUCAGGUUUUAGAAAUUAAACACGAUGAUAGUUUACCGUUGAAAAUUUCAUACGAUUUGGAAUGGUUGACAAUAUUAUUUCUUACCAAUCACUUAUUGAGCGUUAGACAUGGACUACAUUACAUGCCAGGUCCUGCUGGAAAUGGGAGAUGGAUUUAUACACCAUCCACCGCAGAAAAAGAAAAUGUUUUGAAGAAAUUUAAUCACGAUUUAGAAGUUCCUGAUAAUUUUAAAUGCACUGUACCAUCUUAUAGACCAGAAUCCCCUGAUUCGCGGACUAAAAAGUCAGUUAAACUUCAAAUAAACCCCCAAACAACAGAGUUCUGUAACCUGUUGGGGAUUGAUGAUCCAGUAGUUUUAUUACAAAUGGUGGAUGCAGGCCGUACAGAAUCAAAAUCUGAUGAUGAGUCAAGUACUGAUAUAUCAAAUAUGAGGCACGAAUCUAGAGACGUGUCUCAAACAUCUAUAGAAGAAGACUCCGAAAAAUUUUCCCUUAGUGAAGACAAUGAUGCGGAAGGAAUGAUUGAAUUUGAGGCAUCAUUUACAGUUCCAUCGCCAUCAAAAAAUUUAGACUUGCCUAGUGAACAAGAAGAGAGUGCUGCAGUAAACGUCACCACAGAAGAUGAAUUACAGAUUCCUAAUAUGGAUGGUAAUGACUCUGUGCAAAUGGAACCUAAUUGUAAAAAAUUCAAAAGACGAAAUUACUCUAUAUAUUCUUCAACUUUGUAAGUACUACACACGUACAAUUUGUAAUUUGAAUAUUUGAAUAAAUUCGUUUUUACCUA